AUGACUAGAAUCUAUAGUGAUUGCACCAGACCUCAAGCUAGUAAAAAUUCUAACUCCCCCCUCUGUGAGCGAACAAAACCAUUAGUAAUCCCUAUUUUUUGCCCAAAAAACCCAUUCGGUGAGCCGAACAAAAAUUUUUUUUAUGAAAAAAUUUUUAGCUAAUUCUGCUUAAUUUAAAAUAAAUUGCAUUUUAAACCAUAAAUUUUACAAAUAAACUUAUUUUUUCUUCUCAUUUUUUACAAAUAAAAUUAAUUUUUCUCUUCUCAUUUUUUACAAAUUACAAUUUUUAUAUAAAUUUCGAAAAAAAAUUUUUUCUAUAAAAUUUAUAUAUAAAUUCUUUUAAAAGAAGAAUUAACCCCCUCCGUGAGCGAACAAGAUUGUUCGCUCACGGAGGGAGGAGUAAGCAAACCUCGAAAAUUCAAUUAUUUCUUAAGCCAAUUUUUGAACUUUUCUGAAUGCUUAAUCAUUCUAAAGGAUCAAUUAGAAAUUCAUUGUCAAAGCAGAAGGUUCAAGUCACUGUUGAAUGCUCGAUAUGAUGUCUUCAAAUGGCAAGCUUGCUGUGAAUGCAAAGUCUUAAUAUUAAAAAUUGAAGUAAUGACCUGGGAUUAUGAAAAAUGAUCGGAUACUUAAGACUAGACAACGCUUGUGCAGCUCUCGAAAUUAUUGAUACGUGUUUAUAUACUUCAAUUUUUUGAAUAUUCAGUAUUUUUUCAAUAACUAUAGCUUUAUUUUUUGCAAUUAGCUAUGCAAUAAAAAUACCAAAAACAGUAAUUUAUUUACUCGAGAAAUUUAUUUAUUUAUGGCAAACUUUAAUAUGCAUCCCUUCCAUACAGCUUCUUUCCAUCUUUAUAAAAUACAAUUUUUCGCACAAAAUGGAAGUUAAUGAAUAUGAAAAUAUCACUAGAUCUGCUGAUUUUGAAAUCCCUGCUCCUUGAAACGCGUGCUGUAUAUUAGCAAUUGGGAUGUGCUUUAUUAUAAUUAUAUUAAAUUCAAAAUUUUCUGGAGAAAUAAGACAUAGUUGAGCAAAAAAUAUUAUUACAGCAAAAGCUCAUUCAAAAAUCGACUUCCAUGCAGGAAUUUUAACAUUUUUACUCCCAGUCCUCGGCUCAAUAUUUGAUGAAGACUACAUUGUCUAUCUGCAGUUUUUUGCAAUGCUGAGUUCAUUUUUAUUGAUUUUAGAAUCAAUAAUGUAUCUACCAUAUUUUUGCUUAUAUAGCAACACAAUAGCACUCAUUAAGUUUUUUAUUUUAGCUUGGAUAGCUUUUAUUUUUAUUUUAGGGGAAUGACUUGAUAAUAUAUUAAUUAUCAAAAUAUUUGCAAUAUUUUUGUCACCAAUAAUAAUUAUUUUGGUUAUUAUUUAUACUAUUAGGCUGCAUAAAAGAAUAAAUAAAGGUAUCCCAAUGAGCAUAAUUGAAAUGAAAAAUAAAUAUGACUUACUCCUUGAGCGAAUAAAAAAUUUGUUCGCCAAAGAGGAUUAAUUUAUUUUAAAACAAAUAAUAUAAAAUUUUAUAGAAAUUUUUGUUUAAUAUCUAAAAAAUCCAUUAGUUUUCUAUAACAAUUAUUACGUAUAUAUCAAAUUAUUUUUCCAUAAAAAAUUAUUUUGUCGCUAACUGAGGGUGGUUUUACCCAAAAUAUAGAAAUUUUUCCAAUGGUUUUAUUCGUUCACGGAGGGGAAGUUAGAGAAAUCCCUUAGAUAUGAACUAUGCUCUCUUAAGGCUGAAAAUAAAGACCAAAUUAUUUAUAUUUUUGAAACUUUCUUUUCAGAAAAUAUUUUAUGAAGAGAUAAGCUUCAAGUGAUAUGGCUCGCAAACUAUUGUUUAUUUACUUUAAAAGAUGCCGGUCUAGCAAAAAUUAAAAUAUGUAAAUGUAAAACAGUUUCAGAUUGAGACUUGGAGGCGAAUUAUCAAGAAUAUUUAUGUUAUCGAGAAAUAAUGGAUUCGAAAUCAAAUGAAAGUGUUGCUUUUGAGUGCUAUCACAAUAAAUUAAAUGAAAUAAAAAAUAUCGACAGAGUACUUUGCAAAAAUCUAUCAAGUUUUUGAAAAGAAAUUGCUUCAAAGCAGCCUAAAUUUUCAAAAUUGAUUGACUCUAUUAACUCUAUAAGCAGAGACAUACAAUUUUUAAGCAAUGAGUAUAAAAAGCUGACAACUGACUUUCAUACAAGAGAAGGAUUAGAUCUUUAUUGCUCAUACUUGAAAAAUAUUAUCUAUGAUUAUGAAAAUUAUGACAAAGUCAGCUACUUAACGUUUAAUUAAUUAUAUUUCUUUAACCAGAAACGCCAACUAUCAUAUCACCUAUACGGCCUCCUGCUCCUGCUUUGGAUAACCUUUUAACCCUAUUCUGAAAAUCUCCUGGUAUUUGCUCUAAGUGAUCUUUCACUUCAGCGGAUCUGAUUUUAGUGAAUCCCUUCCAGAAACAACUGCGUCCGUCAGGCACGCUAAAGAUUCCAGUCUCUGCAGCCUGGGUGAAGUAGCACGCUUUUAUAAAUUUCGAUUUCCCUAGCUCUCCCCUUUAAAUUGGAGCAAAAUAUCGAUAAAUUUUUCCAUUUUUUGGGUACUUUAACCCAUUUUAAAAUUAGAAUAAACUCUUUUUAAUAUUGGAAUUUUAUUGAUGAAAAUAUUAUUUUUUAGGGAAUUAGUUUUGACCUAACUUAUUGGAAAAAGUACAUGUAAAAUGCUAAUUAAACAGUUUUUACUCUUAAUAGAUUAAUUUUAAUUAAUUCUUCAUUAAAAUAUUAAAAUUCAAAGUCUUGUCUCAAUUUUUAAUUUAAAAAUAAGAGAAAAAUUUCAUAUAGUAUAAAACAAUUAACGGCUCUUUCAAUUGAAACUGAAUUUUUGUUCAAUUUAAAGGGUGGAAAUAAGAGACAAACGUCCGAAGUUGAGCACAUUCAGGCAUAAUACCAUUAUUUCUGGUAUAAACUCGUUAGGUGAAGCCAAACCUCAUAAUCAAAAUGGCAAAUAAAGAAUUUCUAUUUUGAAAAACAAACUUUUAUGACGCCAUAUUUUGAUUAUUAACCAAGUAAGCUACAAAGUAAACUCUUUUGAAGGAUAUUAUUCAAACACUAUCAAGAAUAUGAGCUAUUUCGACUGCAAUAAUGGGAUUUUAAUUUUUUCUAACGAAGAAGAAAAUUUUGGGGAGGUUCUUUUUGCAAACCCGAAGGUUGCUGAAAGUUUUAACUUCCCUCUUAAAUCAAUUAUUGGAGACAAUAUAUUCAGUUUUAUACCUUUAUAUUAUAAAAAUUCUAUUACUGAAAAUAUAAAAAAAAUGCUUAAUUUUGGCUUGGACACAGAAAUAGAUUUAGGUGAAAGCUUUUUUUUAAUUUCACCAAAUAGUGACUUAUUAAAGUGCAUGGGAAAAGCCUUGCUUAGUUCACUUAAUAAUUAUCUAGCCACUAUAUUAGUUUUCAAAAUAAAUGACUAUGAGCAUCAAGCUGCGUUGAUUUCAGACAAUAAGACAAUUCUUUGCUAUACAAAAGGUUUCCCGCAAUUAGUUAGAAAGCCUAGUUAUAAGUUUAGAUUAACUCGAAAAGGAUUUAAAAGUCUCUAUUUCUGAUUUUCGGUUUCACAGUGUUUUUGCUGAGGGGCAGAGAACUACUAUCUUCUGUAGCUCCAAUCACAGGACGUCAGCUUUUUAACUUCAAACCUGAAAUGUUCGCAUGUCAGAUUGCUCUCAUUAUGAAGCCUCUUUUAUCUAAAGAAACUCCUUGUUGAAGCCGGUUAGGAAUCUAAUUUGACUCCUUUCGAGGCUACUGAAUAUUGCUGGGGAUCUUAAAAAUUGUGUUCAAUGUAUAAGGACCACGCCACUGAGAGACGGUUUGCUCACUUCUGGUCAUUUUAUUUAUGUAGUAAAACUAGUUAUAAUUUGACAGGAUUUCCUCUUACUCCCCAAUCAUUUAUCAAGCAACAAUUGAAAAAUCUUUAUUUUUUGAGAAAAAAAUCCAUGAACCUGUAAAAUUUUUUUAAUAUAUCAGCGAUAAUUUAUAAUAAAUCCCUAGCUAAUUCUGUUAGCAUUUUAACCAAUUCUUAUCCUAAAAAUAUUUGCAAAUGAAUUAGUUUUGAUUUUUGUGUUUUUUUGUAGGACUUUUAAAAAAAAUAAUAUAAAAUUCAUAUAUAAAUCUAGAAAAUAAUUUAACCUUGAUGGUCAAAAUUUUUUUCUCUCAAGAGAAGCUAGUAGAAUUUUUCCAGAUUUAGAAAAUGUUGAUCUGCAGCAACAUUCUCCUUAUUUUUUAUCUUUGCAUGAUGAAAUAAUUUUAGUUUUUUUGACAUCAAAUACAUUUGGAAUUAAAAUACCCUACAUUAUAUUUAUCAGCAACUAUGCAGAAUUCUCUGAAUGAAAAAUUAAAAAUUUUAAAGUAAACCUUGAUGAAGAAAAUCUAAUAGAAAAUAGUCCAAAAUUGUAUAACGCACUGAGGCCAUCAAAUUUUAACGAAAUCUCUUCAAAUUAUCAAGACGAAACUUAUGAAAAAAAUAUCGAUUGUGAAAAUGAUAUCCAAUUGACUAUAGACAAAACAAGAAGGUAUGAAAGCAAAUUGGCAUAUACAAAAGAUGAAGAUGAGCCUCAAAAAAACAAAAAUAUAGCCCCAAAUGCAUUUAUUCACAUGGUCAAAGUUUCAUCAAGAUCAAUAAAUGUGGUGCAUUUGGUAUUUGUGCUAGCAGUAAUAUUUAUAUAG